GUGCGAUAUCUGAACCACGGUAUACAAAAUAAAAAUACGUUAUGUGUUUUUGCCACUCUCAAAAUCCGGUUAUAACGAACAUACAGAACGUGCGCUUGAAAAUAAUUAAUUGUCGUAAACGGUACCGAAUAAAUCAUCAAACGGAUUCGGAAUAAUGACACGUAUAUUAUUACGUGUAUACAUAACAAUAAUAGUGUGUUAUCCAAUGACAGCCGUUUAGUUUUGAACUUCGCGUUAACGUAACUGAAGUCGCGCUGCGUUCAUAUACGGUUUUAAAAAAUAUUUCAGUGAUUAUCGUAAUACAUAACAGUACUGCAUAUCUGCCGACUGUAUAAAAACGUUUUCAACACCUCUAGAAACGAUUACUGUUAUUAUGUUGGAUCAUUGGAUACAUAUUUUAACAUUCAUAUGGAUCAUGUGUUGUAUUUAUUUAAUAACAAUCCAGAGUGUUAAUAGAAACGAUAGAAGAACAUCUUAUUUUCAACAAAACGAAAUACUCCGUGUUAAAAUCGAUAAAAUAAGCGUAACUAACGCCGAAAUAAGUGAUCAAAUAUCAGCCUUGAACGAAUUACUGAAAUAUCAAAACAGCUUUGAGGGACACCAACCGUCCGAAGAUUACGAGUAUUUACGUCGUCGAAUCUAUUCGAACACCAAAGAGUUUUGGUAUUACGCCAAUGCUGAGUUUAACGCGUUGGAAACCUUAGUAGAAGACAUGGAUGCGUUGAAUUUCUUGAGGGUAAAACAGUUGGCCCACGAGAACUACAUGUCGUUGUUAUUGGACAAUUUAAAGCUGGCGGACGUCGAUCAGCAUUCCCGGUGGAGACAACAGAUGUUCGACCAUCUGAGCGGUUUAGUGCAGUGGCGGCUGAACCGUUUACAAAAUCCGCUGUACUGUAAAGGGGCCAAGAAACUGAUCUGCAAUUCGACUUUCAUCGACUCGGAUUGCGGGUUCACAUGUCGCGUGCAUAUCCUUCUGAACUGUUUGGUCAUUGCGUACGUGAACGGAAGGACGUUAAUAGUUCCGGCGGAAGAUGGUUGGCUCAUGCAAGGCGACGAGUGGGAGUCACUGUUUUUGCCGUUAAGUGAUACAUGCCUUACGUCUCACGGCCAAACGACAUUAAAGUGGCCCGGUAACGAAGACGCUCAAGUGCUUUGGUUGGACAUAUCGCACUUCAUCGAUUCCCGAAAUCCUCACUAUCCCUUCGAGAUACCCGAGGACCUCGCUCCCGCGCUCCGAGUGCUGCAUGGCGAUCCCGUCGUCUGGUGGAUCGGUCAGUUCCUUAAGUUCAUUCUCCGUCCUCGACCGUCUACAAGUCAAAUGCUUGAUGGGUUGUUCAACGAUUUAAAAUUUCAAACACCAAUUGUCGGAUUACAAAUUAGCAAAGAUUUAAAACAUCCGCCACAUCGUUUGCUAAGUGAAUACAUGUCACACGUCGAAGAAUAUUACAAAAUCAAGGAAAUGGAAUCGGGAUAUGAAAAGAAAAGGAUUUAUUUAUCUACAUAUGAUCCAAAGUUAUUGAAUAAACUCAAGCAUAAAUAUCCAAAUUAUGAAAUAAUUAGUGUUGUAGAUCUACCUAAAAAAUUUUCCAGCCAGGAAGAUAAUGCAAACCGAACGAUUCACAAUAUCAUAAUUGACUUAUAUUUUUUGUCACGCUGUGAUUACUUAGUUUGUACUUUUUCGUUCGACAUGGGUCGAAUGGCUUACGAGAUGAUGAACACUCUGCAUCCCGACGCUCCGAUUCGAUUUACUUCCUUAGAUGGUAUCUAUAACUAUCCGGGUAAAAUGCGCAGAUUAAACGUAGCCGUAAUACCUCACGAGCCGACUGAAAACGGCGAAAUCGAACUGCAGCAAGGAGAUCUGAUAUCGCUAUCGAAUAACCAUCGGAACGGUUCUUCGAGCGGAACGAGCUUGAGAACGCACCAGACUGGCCUUUUUCCUUCGUUCAAGGUCACUCCAAAAGUGGAAACGAAAAACUAUCCUUACUACCCCGCAGCCGUAGGAAAUAACGAUAAAGUGUGAAGAAAGAGUUGUGAAGAUUAAAAAAAAAAAAAAUGUAAUCCAAAUAUUUUUGAUGUAAUAAAUACGUAUAUAUAUUUC